AUGUUGACUGAGAUUGGGUCUGCAAGAGAUUCUUUACAUGGGACAAUGGAUGGAGUAUUUCUCUUUGAAGAUGUUGCUGUGGAAGACGGUAAAACCAUGCAGGGCUAUGAUGCAAUUGUUGUAGAGCAGUGGACUGUCCUGAAGGGAGUUGAAGUGCAGACAGAUUACGUUCCGCUGCUGAAUUCCCUUGCCAUGUAUGGCUGGCAGCUGACGUGUGUGCUUCCUACUCCCAUUGUGAAGACAAACAGGGAGGGGAAUUUAUCUACAAAGCAAAUUGUAUUUCUUCAGAGACCUUCUUUGCCCCAGAAAGCAAAGAAGAAAGAAUCUAAGUUUCACUGGAGGUUCUCCAAAGAAGACAUGCACAACAAACAAAUGAAGAAAUCCACAAAGGCCAAAUUAAGUACUAGGGAGAAGCAAAUGGCAGAGGAGAAGCAAACGGCAGAGGAGAAGCAGGAAUUUGAAGUCACAGAGAACACAAGAAUCUUAGAAGUACAAAUCUCAACAGCAGCCAAGCCUGAUGCAGAACAGCAGCUGGAUGACGUCAUAGACUUGGGAGAUGAGGUAGCUGGGACCAAUGACAGAGGUACCCAUCGUGACGGGGUGUCAGAAGAAACCUGUCCUGCCAGUGGCGAUACUGACGACAAUGCCGUGCAGGUCUGCCUCAGCCAGAGCGCGUCUGGCUGCUGUGCGGAUCCGGUGACAGAGGGGGGAGGCUCUGCUCCAGCGUGGGACAGCUGCAACGGCAGCGAUGGGGUGGGGGGUAACACUGACUGCUCCUGCGAAUAG